AUGCACCCCGGAUUAUUACAUCGGCGGUUCUUGCAGGACUUGUCGUCGAGCUUGUUCUCGUUCGUGCUGCCGCUGCUGCCGACGACAGAGGAGCGUGCGGUCAAGGAAGAAGUACGAACGUUGAUCGAGAAGCUCAUCAAAACGAUUGAGCCGUCAGCUAGGUUAUUGGCAUUUGGGUCAAGCCAAAAUUCUUUUGGGUUGAGAAAUUCGGACAUGGACCUCGUUGUCCUGAUAGACGAUACCUCUGCCGACCUGGAAGCGAGUCAUCUCGUACAAAUGAUUGGAGAUCUCUUGCAACGCGAAACGAACUUUGACGUCAAACCCCUCCCGAAAGCCCGUAUCCCUAUCCUCAAGCUUACGCUUUCCCCCUCCCCCGCCCUGCCAUUCGGUAUCUCCUGCGAUAUCGGAAUCGAGAAUAGGCUGGCUAUUGAAAAUACGCGGUUGCUGUUGACGUACGCGACGAUUGAUCCGGCGAGGGUGCGGACGUUGGUCCUGUUCUUGAAAGUUUGGGCUAAGCGGAGGAGAAUAAACUCUCCGUACAGAGGGACGCUAUCAUCAUACGGCUUCACCUUGAUGGUCCUCUACUUCCUAGUGCAUGUCAAACAGCCGCCAGUCUUACCCAACUUGCAGCGGAUAGCGCCGAUUCGGACGCUUCAGGAGGACGAAUAUACGAUCCAGGGCAAGAAUGUCUACUUCUUUGACGAUACCGAGACGCUCAGGCAGGAGUGGAGCAGCAUUAACUUCGAGACCGUCGGAGAGCUGCUGAUCGACUUCUUCCGCUUCUUCUCGCACGACUUCCAGUUCAACAAUUCGGUCAUGUCCUUGCGUGCUGGUCAAUUGACGAAAGAAAGUAAAGGAUGGGUGAACGACAUUGAUGUCGGCGGGAUCAACGAGAUGGCGCGGGACCGGAACAGGUUAUGUAUCGAGGACCCGUUCGAAACGGGGUACAAUGUAGCACGGACUGUUACGAAGGAUGGACUGUAUACGAUACGAGGGGAGUUCAUGCGAGCUACACGAAUCUUGACGCAACGACCCGACCGAGCGGUCCUCGCUCUCGCCGAGCUCUGUCGCGAGCGUGAUGACGACCUUUACCGCGCUCCUCGAUCUGAAUCUCCUGCUCCACGAGCAAUGUCCACCUCGCGCAGCGGCUACUCCACACCGCCCAUCAACGGUCUCCCCACUGGCGGUCUUCCCGGAUGGCGAAGUCAGUCUCAGGCGGCUCCCUUUGAUCGCAUAGCUGCUUCAGGCGGUGGCUCCUCCCUGCUCGACGCACCCAACUCUUCCGCACGUCGAGGCAGGCAUAGCGAUGCCGACUCCGGGCCCAACGGAGGUGACUUCACGGGUCAAGACCUCUGGCUCGCCAGCCAAGGCUCCAACCUCGGGAACCUCAACUUUGGCGGAAUGGGAUACUCAGAGUCGCCGUUCGGGAAUGACAAUUCUGGCGGCAGGGGUCGGGACACUUCUCAGCGCGGACUCGAAACGCCCGGAGGAUACCAUCGCGCCCCGCGCAGAUCGGGCUCAGGGUACGACGAUGGCCACAAUGCCGGAUCGGGGUCUAUCUCGGCGCCACUCAGCCCACACGCGAUGUACGCGAAGCUGGAGAUGGGCAAGUCCCACCUCCACCCAUGGCCAUCCUCCUCCGGCGGUGGAUCUGGCAACUUUGCUCCGCCCACCUCGUCCAUCCCGGCUCCUCUCCAUGGCAGGACGUACAAGACCCCCACUGCGUCUACCAACCCGUCAAGGUCCGGUUCUCUCAUCCCUGGCGGACCCCACGCCCUUGCGCUCGAGAAUUACCACCAACAGCAUGAGUCCAGUACUCUUCCUCCCUUCCAACCCUUCUCGCCACCCACAGUCCCUAGUAUCCUUCGCGAGCUCAAUGGCGAGCCGGCGAACUACAUCAGUCCGUCGACUUUGCUGAGUCCGCCAACGCAGAAUCGGGAGCUGGGGGUGGAGGAUGUGACGAAAGGGUUUGAGGGGCUGGGCGUCGACGCGCCAGGGAAGGGGGUUGAGGCAGUCGGUGUGUCAAAGAAGGGAGACAAGGAGAAAGCCAAGGGUAAAGACAUCGAGGCGGGGCUAGGCGGCGGGCCGGUGGGAAGCGGUGCGGCGCAGGAGAAGAAGAGGGACACAUGA